AUGGAUAAUUAUAUCAAAGCACUCACUUUUGGUAAAGAUAUCAUAAUUGCUGGAGACUUAAAUUGCGACUUGUUAAAGACAGCUCAAGAGGCAAAGGUUUUGAAUGAUUUUUGUCACUGUUUAAAUUUGACACAGUUAAUUGAUAAACCGACGAGGGUCACGUCACGUUCGUCAACGCUUAUUGAUGUCAUGAUGACUUCAAAUAAAGAUUUGAUUGCAGAAAGUGGAGUGCUUGAAACCUACAUUAGUGAUCAUUUUCUGGUUUACUGUUCACUCAAACUAAAGUUGAUAAAACCGCUGUUUAAAACCGAUAUCACUGCAAGGAGUUAUAAGCAUUACGACCGAAACCAAUUCCUCUGUGAUUUGGCAUGUAUUCCGUGGCAUGAGAAUUUAUUUGUUGAAAAUGUAAAUGAUAAACUGUCGCAUUUUGAUAGUAAUUUUCAAAAUGCAUUGACUAGGAAUGCACUAAUUAAGACAAUGAAAAUAAGACAUCGACAAGUACCAUUUGUUGACGAUGAGAUCAAAGAACUGAUGAAAAAUAGAAAUAGUUACACAAAUUUGCUCGUCUAA